UAUUUAAUGUAUUCCCUUGCCUAAAUCCUGCUGACUAUAACAAAGCCCAUCAUUUGACAAUUAAACUGAUGGUGGAUCUCACAGCACUAACUGCCAGUUGUUGAUGUUACCUAAAGCCAGGGUGGCUUGCAUUUGAGUCUCCUCUGUCAUGAAUGUGCAGUAUUUCCACAUCUGCCAGCACAUUUUCAGUGUUUGUAUAUGCAGUAUGAGGUGUGUCCUUAGAUGAGUCUCAGCAUCAUUUGCAAUCUCUUCUAACCUAGGACUGACUGCAUACCUGCAAAUGGACAUUUACUUGCAUUGGAGACAGCCAUCCCAGAUGGUGGGUAGUAAGAGAAUGAGGAUGCCUUCAAAUUUCCGGUGGCUCUUAGCAACAUUUGUUCUUCUGCAUCUACUGAAUCAAGUAAAUAGCCAGAAAAAGGGGACACCUCGUGAUUUGAAGUGCACAACUAACAAUUUACAAGUAUGGGACUGUUCUUGGAAAGCACCCUUAGGAACAGGUCAUGGUACCAUGUAUAAAGUUUGCAUUGAAGACAGGCCCCGAUCUUGUCAUCAGUUAGAGAAAACAAAUAUUAAAAUUCCAGCUCUUUCACCUGGUGAUCAUGAAAUAACAAUAAACUCUCUACAUGAUUCUGAAAGUUUUAUAAGUAUAUUCAAGCUAAAUGAAAAAAAUGUUUCCUUAAUUCCAGACACUCCAGAGAUCUUGAAUUUGUCUGCUGAUUUCUCAACCUCUACAUUACACCUAAAGUGGAAUGACAAGGGUUCUGUUUUUCCUCAUCACUCAAAUGUCAUCUGGGAAAUCAAAAUUCUACGUAAAGAUAGUAUGGAGCUCGUAGAAUUAGUGACUUACAACACAACUCUGAAUGGCAGAGAUAUAGUUCAUCACUGGAGUUGGACCUCAGACAUGCCUUUGGAGUGUGCCACUCAUCAUGUGAGAAUUAGGUGCUACAUUGACUCUCCUCAUUUCUCUGGUCUCAAAGAGUGGAGUGACUGGAGCCCAGUGAAAAAUAUUUCUUGGACUCCUGAUUCUCAGACCAAGGUUUUCCCUCAAGACAACAUAAUUCUUGUAGGCUCAGACAUAACAUUUUGUUGUAUAAGUCAAGAAAAAGUGCUGUUGGCACAGAUUGGCAGUAAAAAUUGUCCCCUUAUCCAUCUUGAUGGAGAAAAUGUUGCCAUCAAGAUCCAUAAUAUUUCUGUUUCUGAAAAUAGUGGAACGAAUGUGAUUUUCACAACAGAAGAUUACAUAUAUGGAACAGUUAUUUUUUCAGGAUAUCCACCUGAUGUUCCUCAAAAACUGAAUUGUGAAACACAUGAUUUAGAAGAAAUUGUAUGUAGUUGGAAUCCAGGAAGACCAACAGCAUUGGUGGGCCCACGAAGUACGAAUUACACUUUAUUUGAAAGUUUUUCAGGAAAAUCUGUUAGAUUUAAAAAUGGUGAAGUACCUACAAAUGAAAGUUAUCGGGUAUGCUUUAAGAUGAUUCCAAGUCAAGAAAUAUAUAAUUUUACUCUGAGUGGUCACAAUCCUCUUGGGCAAUCAGAAUCAACAAUACUCAUUAACAUCACUGAACGAGUUUCUCCACAUACUCCUACUUUAUUCAAAGUGAAGGAUAUUAAUUCAAAUGCUGUUACACUUUCUUGGCAUUUAUCAGGCAACUUUGCAAGGAUAAAUCUUUUAUGUCAAAUUAAAAUUAAUAAAGCUAAUUCAGCACAAGAAUUGCGGAGUGUCACAAUCAAAGGAGUGGAAAAUUCAAAUUAUCGUGUUGCUAUGGACAAAUUAAAUGCAUAUACCAUGUAUACUUUCCGGAUUCGUUGUUCUUCUGAAACUUACUGGAAAUGGAGCAAGUGGAGCAAUGAAAAACAACAUUUAACCACAGAAGCCAUUCCUUCAAAGGGACCAGACACUUGGAGAGAGUGGAGUUCUGAUGGAAAAAAUUUGAUAAUAUACUGGAAGCCUUUACCUGUUAAUGAAGCUAAUGGGAAAAUCCUUUCCUAUAAUGUAUCGUGUUCAUCAGAUGAGGAAACGCAGUCCCUUUCUGAGAUCCUUGAUCCUCAACACAAAGCAGAAAUACGCCUGGAUAAAAAUGAUUACAUCAUCAGUGUGGUAGCAAAGAACUCUGUUGGCUCAUCACCACCUUCUAAAAUAGCCAGUAUGGAAAUCCCAAAUGAUGAUCUCAGAGUAGAGCAGGUUGUUGGAAUGGGAAAGAGGAUUCUCCUCACCUGGCAUCCUGACCCCAACAUGACUUGCGACUAUGUUAUUAAGUGGUGUAAUUCAUCUCAGUCUGAGCCCUGCCUUAUGGAUUGGAAAAAAGUUCCUUCAAACAGCACUGAAGUCAUAAUAGAAUCUGAUCAGUUUCGACCAGGUGUCAGAUAUAAUUUUUUUCUGUAUGGGUGCAGAAAUCAAGGAUAUCAAUUAUUACGUUCCGUAAUUGGAUAUAUUAAAGAAUUGGCUCCAAUUGUUGCACCAAAUUUUACUGUUGAAGAUACAACUUCAGAUUCCAUAUUAGUAAAAUGGGAAGAUAUUCCUGUGGAAGAGCUUAGAGGCUUUUUAAGAGGAUAUUUAUUUUACUUUGAAAAAGGAGAGAAAGACACAUCUAAAAUGAGGGGUUUGGAAUCAGGUCAUUCUGACAUCAAGGUAAAGAAUAUUACUGACAUAUCCCAGAAGACACUAAGAAUUGCUGAUCUUCAAGGUAAAACAAGUUAUCAUCUUAUUCUGCAAGCCUACACAGAUGGUGGCCUGGGCCCAGAGAAGAGUAUGUUUGUGGUGACGAAUGAAAACUCUGUGGGAUUAAUUAUUGCCAUUCUCAUCCCGGUGGCAGUGGCUGUCGUUAUUGGAGUGGUAACAAGUGUUCUUUGCUAUCGGAAACGAGAAUGGAUUAAGGAGACCUUCUACCCUGAUAUUCCAAAUCCAGAAAAUUGUAAAGCAUUACAGUUUCAGAAGAGCGUCUGCGAGGGAAGCAGUGCUCUUAAAACAUUGGAAAUGAAUCCUUGUACCCCAAAUAAUGUUGAGGUUCUGGAAACUCGGUCAAUACUUCCUAAAAUAGAAGACACAGAGAUAAUUUCCCCAGUAGUUGAGCGUCCUAUAGAUAGUUCUGAUGUAGAACCUGAAAACCAUGUGGUCGUGUCCUAUUGCCCACCGAUCAUCGAGGAAGAAAUUGCAAACCCAGCUGUGGAUGAAGCAGCAGGUACUUCACAGGUCAUCUACAUUGAUGUUCAGUCCAUGUAUCAGCCUCAGACCAAACCAGAGGAAGACCAAGAAAUUGACCCCAUAGUUGUGGCAGGCUAUAAGCCACAAAUGCGCCUCCCUAUUAACUCUACUGUAGAAGAGACAGCUGCAGAGGACAACAUGGAUAAAACUGCAGGUUACCGACCUCAGGCAAAUGUAAAUACUUGGAAAUUGGUCUCUCCAGACUCUCCUAGAUCCACAGACAGCAACAGUGAAAUUGUCUCUUUUGGAAGUCCAUGCUCCAUCAAUUCCCGACAGUUUUUGAUUCCCCCUAAAGAUGAAGACUCUCCUAAAUCAGGUGGAGGAGGGUGGUCCUUUUCAAACUUUUUUCAGAACAAACCAAAUGAUUAAUAGUGUCACCCUGUCAUUUCAGUCUGCCAUCUCAAUAAGCUCUUACUGCUAGUGUUGGGGCAGCAGCACUGAGUGUCCUUGGAGGGACACUGAAGUAUUGCUACCCAGGUGAACGUCACUAUGUGCAAGUUACACCAGAAGUGUUAAUGUCUUUUAAUGUAGUCCAAAAGCCAUGCGGUGACUCAGAAUCCUCAGCCCAUGAAACUCAAGAUUUGGAGCUGUUGUGACCGAGCCAAAGAAUUCUUCAAGAAGCAUUUGAAGGCCAAUACUGUUUAGUACAUACAUGCAAAACAAAUCCUGCAUCAGCUGUUUUCUUUUGUUAAUGGUUUUCUUGUAUGUAUGCUUUGUGGGAUUGGAAGAGGAUUUGCAGGCAAGGGAGGAAAAUGUCAAAGUCACAUAAUGUUUAUUUCCUGACAUUCACUCCAUUUUAGAGGAAAACCAAGCACAGAUUUUAAAACUUUUAAGAUUAUUCUCUUCUAUCUACAGCAUUUAUAAAAGUUAAUAUAAUUUUUAAUGUAGUGACAACUAUUUAGUGUUCUGUUUGUUGAAGUGUGCUGAUUUCUGUGCCUACUGUAUAAUGGUUCUCAAACAGUUGUCUCAGGGGUGCAAAUGUGGAAAAUGAGUGUGACACUGACCAACCCCAAUCAGAUGGCAUUGUCUUGCUUUGGUAGGUUUUUCAAACCUUUCCAUUACUCGUUAGUUUCUAUGCUAGCUUCCAUUGUUACAGAUGGAUGCCCUAAUAUUUGAAACUGAAAUUUCUAGAACCACAGAUCUAAGGUUUUUUUAAAAACCCGUUUUAUUUUGUGAUACAGUGUCAACUUUAUAUGUUCAAAUUCAUUAUUAGUAAUAAACAUAAUUCCUCAUGAUUUAUUAUGUGAGAUGACUACUAAGCAAUAUCUAGCAAUAUUUCCUGUCUGGUGUAGCUCUGAUUGGCUUACAUUUCCUAAGAAUGAGAAGACCAUGUCCUUGAACCUGGUCACCAAACAUCUAGGAUCUUCAAAGCUUUACAACAGGUUUUCCUCUCACUCAUGGAUCAUAAACUUCCUCAUAAGUGAUCUUUGGUCCAGACUAUCAGAUCAAGGAUUUUUAAGCAUAAAACUAAAUAGAGGAUGCUUCUUCUAGGAACAGUGACUCAAGGGCUAUUUCCUGUUAAAGGUCAUAGAAUGGACUCGAAUCGUUAAACAGGUCUGUAUCAUAGGUGUGGCAGCUGCUGGUGAACCAUGUAGAAUUGGUGUCUUCAGCAUGGCAUCCUCUGCCCACCCUGGCUCCUCAUCAGCAAUCUUAAGAGUGAAUAUGAUUCUUGGAAAAGCAGAGUGAAAAACUAAAAAGAGUGCUCUGUAUUUUCCCUACACUUGGCUUGUCUAUGUAUUUCAUCUUUUGAUAGUUAAGUACUUGAAAAUUUGAAACAUCUGAGUAAAUUAAGGUAGACUUUUGUAUCAUCUGAGGUUCUGUAAUGUAUUUGCAAAUAUUGGAUCGAUUAUCUUUUGAAUUCAUUGUAUGUUUUUAAAAACCAUGUUGUGGGAAAAACACAGGGCAACAAGGGAGAAAAAUCUAUUUAGGUACUCAGUAUAUUAAUCCUGAUUUUAACUGAUUGAACUCAGCUAAAUUUCUGAGCAUCAUGAUAUAUGUAGAAUUGAAAUAUAAUUAUGCACACAAUAUAUUAAAUCGAUAUAAUAGCCCAUAGACAUUUUCAAUAAUGAAAAUAUAUCAAGUGAGAGCCAUUCCUAAACAAAGUUUUAUCUUCCUUUUUAUUGUCUUUGGCUCCUUCCUUUAGCUCUCCCCUGAGACACUCAGACCUGGAGCUUCCUCCUCUCUGCCAGAGCAUGGACUUUCGUGGCUUGUCCUCAAUGCAUACCUCAUUUCCCAUUGAAGCUUAUUGAUCUCAUAGUUGAUCUCUUCAGACCAAGGAUGAGUGUUAGCUUGGGUAAAAGCUUAUCAGUCUAAAGUGUACUCACCUGAGAACACAGGGGGAAAAAAUCAAGAAAUUGGUUCCUAUCAUUACUGUAGCUAUGCCCUUUCUAACCUAUGUCAUGACUUAUUUGUCUGCCUAAGGGUGACUAUCACCAGGAGCUCUUGAGUCCAAGACUUCACUGUAGGAAGAAAGUUCAGAGUGCUACUCACCUGUCUACCUCUGAAGUUCUGUACUCAUGAAUCUUUAGGUGAAUGAGAAGCAGAGUAAAACUUGCUUAAUCUGGGCAAGUUCCCUAACUUCCUGUAUGCGUAGGACACUGUGACUUAGGUCUGAGGCCAGAGCACAUUUUCUUGUCUUAUCCUCAUUGAAUCAGAGACAGCCAGACCCUGUCCAUGCUUAUUAUCUUUCCAACCCACCCAACCUUGCAUUUAGGGAGACCUUCAGCACAAGGAGGGAGAGAGGGGUAGGAAACCCUUUGUCACGUGUCCAAUUGUUUGAGAUCCAGAAGUGUUCACUGUUAUGUCAGUGCAGGUACCAUACCCAUGGGUGCAAGAUAGUCUAAGAGCCGUGCAUGGCCAUGCUCUGACCAGUCAAAUCAGCUACUUGUCCCUUGGAGAGGGUUAAGGACUAGCUAGAGAGGUAGGCUAUAUGUAUUCUCUCCACCCUUUCCUGACUGCAAAAACUAGUAAAUCCCUCUCCUAAUGAAAGCUCAAUCAUUAGAAAAUUCUAAAUACCAAGCUAAAAGUAUAUUCCAUUGUUUCUGUUGAGCAGAACUGUCUUGCUCUUCGAUGGUGACCUGUCCUCACAGUGUAGGGUGUACUCCAUUUCCUACAUUUACCUGGCUCAAACUCACUCUGGAGAGCCUGUUUCUUUUCCUACCUUUAAUAAAAUUUUGCUAUGGGAGAAAAAAAAAGGGGGUUGCUAUAGAUCCGACCAGAUUGUUACUUCUUUUAUAAAUAAACCAAUGGCAAAUUAGUUUUCCCUUGUGAGCAGUGGAGAUUCUAGGCAUCAUAAUUUUUGUGAGUGGCCAUUUUAUAAUUUAAUGUAAAAAAUUCUUAAAGACUUAGCUAGGCUUUUAUCAUUAGAUAGACCUUGUGAAAUAAGCAUUACAUGGAUUAGCACACGUACAAAAUCUAAGCCAUCAGUUGAUUGAACUAGCAGAGCUCUGGAUUUGCAGUUGUGGCCCUGAGUAUCUGAAAGUUGAGUUGUGUGUAUGUGUGCGUGCAUGUGUGCUGUGUGGUAGAGGUGCUUUGCUCCUGCAGCUGGAAACAGAGGCAGCCAUUCACUAAGUAGUUUAGGGGAGGAAGCAUCAGUCUCAUUUUCCAUACCAGCAUUACAUUCACAGCUCCAUGGAUCUGAGCAUUUGCGUUUAUACUGUUGAACACAGGAACUGUGAUAAAAAGUCACAUUCUCAAAACUUCAUGUAGAUUAUAUUCUUGUUGGAAGGCAGUCCUGUGAUCCUCUGCAUAUCUUCUUACUGUCUGUAUUUAAACAAUGUUGCAGACCUUUCUGUAUUUGGAUAAUUAAGAGGAGUUUAAUGAAGGAGACGAGAGAAUGUUUUCUUCCAAAGGGAAUUUGAAGUCAAUUUGAUGGUAUUUUGAAAUUAAAUGUACCCCUAAACAUGUCAUUAUUCAAAAUGUUACCUCAAAGUUUUCUGUUCAGACACAUAAGCUGAUAAAACUUUUUUGUUUGCACUAAGGUAGUUUUUGCUGCCUUUCUAUUUUGAGCAAUGUUCAAAUUUGUAUAUCUUUGAUAAAGUGCCUUUUCCCUUACUUGGAAAGUAUGAAGUUGGGCAUCUCAAGAGUAAAAUAUGAAUGGAAUCACUGGCUACCAAAACUGGGUACAUUAUGAAAAGGCGGUGACUAAUUUUUUAUUCACUGAGUCCCAUGCCAGUGUUAGGAAUUUAGCAGCAGUUUCAGAAGAAUAGUAUAGAUCAAAGUCUAUCUUGUAUAGAUCUGAAACUAUUGCCUCAAAGAAGUGUCUCCACAGUUUGAGUGAAAACUUAGGGAAAAAUGUGCAUCCAUAUGACUAGAUAUCUUAUUUCUUCCUAAUUUUGUCUGACAGUUACACAAUUUGGUACCUGCUUGUACCAACCCAGCAUGCUUUCUGGCAAAUAGACAAUAUGGUGUAUUUGAGCUUAACUGAUUAAUAUAAGAACUCAUUCUCUUGAUAGAAUAUGUCUUCAAAACAUUUCUUUUAAACUAUGAUUUUGGUUAAAGUUUCUUGGUGUCAUACUUCUCUCAUGUCCAGAAGAAAAAUUUUUUGCAGAAGAAAAUGAUUGUAGCCAAACUUAGAGGACAUUCAUUUUCUAAACAUCUUAGAAUAUCAUUGGAAGUCACUUGUUUAAAUUUGGUUUUAUUUAUAUUGCCAUGGAUAUAUGCUUUAGGACUAGAAAUGUUUAAGCUUCUUAUUUCACUGAUUAGAUUCUUACUCCCUUUCAAACAGCUUUUGUCUUAACUUAUUUAUAUGAGCAUGUUCAUGCUAGUUACAAUAUAGGCAUACUAUUUUUAAUGCCAGUAUAUAGAGUUGAGAAUAACAUUCACUUGACUGUCAGGUUGUAUUGUAUAUGUUAGAGUUUCAGGGGAUGUGAUUUGGGAUAGAAUACACUGUCGUGCUUAUAAUUAUGGUAUUGAAUUAUGGCAGGAUUCUGUUAUUUUUAAUUAGGAGUACUUGUUUUACCCUGUAUUAUAAAUGUUAAUAUUUUUAAUUAUAAGGUGCCCAAGUGAUGAACAAAAUUUACCUAAGGAAUAUUGCUACAUUUUUAUAAAAGUUAAAUGUAGUGUUACAAGAGAGGAACUCUCUGAAUGUUUUCAAGUGUAAGUGCCUAGCUAGAGAACCAUAGAAACAAUAAAUUCAAAGCAUUUGUAUUAGUAAAUCGUAGCUGAUUGAACAUUAACCAAGUACAAAACAGCAAUAACUUACAUUACUUUUUGUUCAAUAGAACUGAAUACCUUAACAAAAAUAUGUGAAUGAGGAAAAAAUGUCUAAUUGAUAAGGAAAUUGAUGUCUAUUACAUACAUAUCGCCUAAGAUUGCCUCUAUAGUAGCCAGUCAGAACUUAAAAAGAAAAACAAAAACAAUAUAGACUUCAUGCAGUGCUUAAGCUUAAAAUACAUUGUAUGUCUGAUUGAACAGCUCACUUAAUGAAUUUCUUCAUAAACUUAAAAUGUGCUUCACUAUAGAAUUACUCCAUUGUAAAUGGGAACUUUCAGUCUCUGAACUUAUUUCUCCUAAGCAUCCCAGUGGUAUAUUAUAAAAGAUCAAAAGAUUUCUAAGUGGUAAUAACAAUUCUCAUUGAAUCAUGGACAGUUGACAGAUUGACAUUAGUAUUUUUGAAGUUGAUCAUAGAAGAGGAUAUUGAAUAAUGAUUUUCAUAAAAUUAUUUUCAAAUGUUCUUUCCCCAGUUUGACCCAAAUACUCCCCUCUAUUUUUCUAAUAUUUCUUAAGUUGGUGGUUCCUUCUAUUUAAUUUUUCCUUCCAACAUAAUAUGUAGGAAAAAUGUGAGUAGUGACAUGAGUAGUUGAGGAGACACAGGGAGAGGCCCUGUUCAGCUCCCUGUUGAGGAGGGAUGGGUAUCUGUGAUGCCUUGGUUUUGUCCUGUUAUUUUCUUUAAAGGGAGCAUGCCAUUUCUUAAAUGCAUUUUAGUUUAGAUUUGCUUGUAGAAGAUUGUCCUGAAUAGAAAGAAAGACAACACAUCCUAAGUUUGAGAUAUUACUACUUUAAAGAUAUGUUCAAAGAUAAGUCAUUUAAAAAUAUUGAACGUUGCUAGUAAAAAUAGUUUACAAUUUCUUUAAUUAGUUGGUCAUAAGUCAGUGUCCUUAUAACACUAGAAAAUUACCAUUUUUUUACUUUAAAAUUGCAUUAUAGUGAAUUACUGUUUACAAAAUACACAUACUGUGAACAGAUAAAUUUUUGUCUAAGGUUUGUAGACUGAAUGUUUUUUUCAUGGUGGUGUUAUGUUACAUAGUUUUAGUUUUUUAUAAACAUUAGUAAUCGUUUACUAAUUUUUGUUUGGUCAAGUGUGUAUCAGUGAAGAAGA